CAAGUUGUGCAAAUAAUGCUUAGAGUAUGCAGAUGUUAAUAUAUAUUAAAAUUUUCACAUUUACAUGUAUAUUUGGAUUUUAUAGUUUAAAAAGUAAAAACUAAAAGUAUGCAAACAGUUUUUUGUGUUGCUGUAAAUAUCAAAAUGAUUAAUUUUACAAUAUGGCUGAGUUAAGAAUUCAUUAAUUAAAAUGCAACAUGAUUAGAAAGAUGAGUGAUGUAGGCAUUGUUGCCAUAUUGGUUUUCUUUAUUAUAAUUAUAUUAUAUAUAUCAAUUAGGAAUAUGAAAAUUUGGCAUUUCAGUCAGUUUGAGAAAUGCACUGACAUAAAAUUCAACUCUUUUUAUAAAACAAUAAAUUAUGUUAGAUUAAUUUAUCAUUAUAAGUUGAAUUCAAAUUAUGAAAUAUUUUAAAUUUUUGUAAAGGAAUGUUAUAUCGUUGACAAACCAACAUUUUGGCUCAUUACUCUGUGACAAAAAUGGAAUAAAAAUAUCUUUCGACGUAGAUUUUCGUGCCAUUAAUUUGGGUGACAGCAAAUAUUUAACAGUUUGGAUCAGUAAUACGGGUACUUCAUCUUGCAAGUUGCUAAUGUGCAGGUUGAAUGAAAAUUCUUAUGGUACUAACCAAUUUUAUGUGAGCAAAGUACAGUGUAAAGGAAAAGAAGCCAACUAUCCAGUAUUAAUUUCUCCAAAUAAGUCGUUUUAUGUGAAUGUAAUCUGCAUCGCAAGUCAACUAGGUCUUACUGAACAGCUUCUGCUUUUUGAAUUUGAAAAAUUUACCUUGGGAAGAAUUCUGAAAGUGAUUGUUGAAGAUCCAAAUCAGAAUUCACUUUUACCUAAAGCACUUUUUAUACCUAGAUAUAUGCUUGUUAAUAGAUUAAAAAAUUGUAGAGAAGCUUCCAAUUGUGUGAUCCCAGGAGAGAAACCUUGGAGGGUUAAAAGUCGAUUCUCUCGAACACUGCUGCAAUUUCCCAUUCCGGAAGAAUUGUGGAGCAUUGUCCUCGAACAAAAACAUGUCACACAUAGUUUAUCCUUUCUCACAGAGGAGUUAUCUGUAACAAAUUAUAAAGAGAAAUUUCACACACUGCUUUAUCUUGAAGAAAUACAAAUGAAUAUUGACAUGAAAGACUUUAGUAUGGAUCAGGUUUGUUUUCAACCUUGCAAAGACUAUUUAACAUUAGAGGUACCAGGACUGGCAGAAAACAGGCCGUCACUGUUGAUAGGUGACAGAAUUACAGCCAGUGACCCAGUAGAGAAAUCCAACCCUGUAUACGAAGGAUUUAUUCAUGAGAUUCAUAAAGAAAAGAUAUUUGUCAAAUUCAAUAGCAUUUUUCAUAGUAAAUAUAACGGAGAAAGUUAUGAUGUAGAUUUUCAUUUUAACAGACUGCCCAUGAGAAGAUGUCAUCAGGCUAUUGAAGAGGCAUUAAACCUUCCUGAAAAUGUUCUCUUUCCAAAUAAAAUAGUAUGUAAAACACCUCAAGUUCAUCUUGUGGAAGUGGAGGCAUCAACGCCUGCAAUUUUUCAUACACAGAAAGAAGAAUCGGAAAAGAAGGAAGAGUCAGAAUUUAACAAAUACAAAAAUGCAAAUUUCUUUCCUUGUAACCGUAAUGCCACAUUCUGCUGUCCCGUGGUAAAGAUGGAAGUCCAGUUGCCAAAUAACAGAAAGUCGGUGACAAUUAAGUGGCAUAACAAGUCUCUGAACGAUCGACAGAAAAUUGCAGUGAAAAGAGUGUUGGACGGAACUUGCCGACCCAUGCCUUACGUUAUAUUUGGACCUCCGGGAACGGGUAAAACGAUGACUGUUGUAGAGUGUAUUAUUCAAAUAUUCGGUCGUGUAAACUCUAGUAGAAUUUUAGCCUGUACUCCAUCUAAUAGUGCUGCAGAUUUAAUCGUUCAACGCUUGGCAGAAAGUAACUUAUUCACUGAAGCUGACCUUGUUAGACUCAAUGCCUUCCAUAUAUCUGAUGAGGUUCUUCCCGAUCUCAUUAAACCAUUCUGUAAAAAAGUAGAUGAUAUGUCUACAAUUUCUCGUUAUCGUAUUAUUGUUUGUACUUGUAUAACUGCUGGAAACUUUUAUAGUCUAGGUUUGAGAGUAGACCAUUUCACUCAUUUAUUUUUAGAUGAGGCCGGACAGGCUACUGAACCAGAAUCGAUGUUAGCAAUUGAAUUAGUUGCAACAGGCAAUGGACAGGUUGUCCUAGCUGGAGAUCCUCAGCAGCUCGGACCGGUCAUACGCUCUUCCCACUCUAAAGAAAAUGGACUUAAGGUUUCAUUUCUAGAAAGGAUAAUGGCUCUUUCUCUGUAUCAGAGAAAUCCAGAAAAGUAUCGAGAACAAGGAAACUAUAAUCCAUUACUAGUAACUAAACUUGUAAAUAAUUAUAGAUCCCAUUCUUGCAUUAUUUCGUUAUCAUCACGAAUUUUCUAUGACUCCGAACUUGUCUGUUCUGCUCCUGAAAGUUUACAAAAUACAUUUUGCAAUUGGGAAGAAUUACCAAACAGGUCAUUUCCAAUGAUAUUCUGUGGAAUCAGGGGUGAAAACUUUCGGGAAGGUGACAGCCCUUCUUGGUUUAAUCCGUAUGAAGUUCUGUGUGUGGUUAAAUAUUUAAAAAAUUUGUAUAGCCUGGGAAUUUCACCGGAUGACAUUGGUAUCAUCACUCCAUAUCGCAAGCAGGUGGAAAAAAUCAAAUUUAUGAUGAGCAUGAAUGGAAUUGAAAUGUGCAAAGUGGGUUCUGUAGAAGAAUUUCAAGGCCAGGAGAGAUUAGUUAUAAUUAUUUCUACGGUUCGAACUUCAGAAGAUCAGCUGAACUUUGACGCCAGACACAACUUAGGUUUUCUGACAAAUCCGAAAAGGUUUAAUGUUGCAAUCACUCGAGCACAAGCCCUGCUCAUUAUUGUUGGAGAUCCGUAUCUCCUAUCUAAUGAUAAACACUGGAGGGAAUUAAUCAGUUAUUGUUUGGACGAGAAAUCGUACUGUGGAUCAGCAAUCUCCCUGGCAAAAAUACAAGAUAUACUUUUAGAAGAAUAAUUAAUUAUAGAACUAUAGUGUUUUAAUAUUUCUCAUUCCAGAUGUAAAGUUUCAUCUGUAAAUAAUCAUUUUAAUCUGUCUUUUAUAUAUUGUGUAUAUAUAAAUUUUGUAAAAAUCUUGUAGACAAAU